UGUUGCGAUGUGUCGCCGUAUAUCCUCUCGCUCUCGUUCAGCGCCGCCGGACCCAACAACGAUCUGAACGACAACGCUGACGGCGGACGCAAGCGUUUCAUCAGGCGCGACAGAACGUUCCCGGCCGCCAAACAGCGCGGUCACGCCGUAUCCGAUGUUAAAAUUUACGACAACAAUGGAAAACUGCAGCAAAAAUCUUUAAAAGCUAUUAACAAGACGUCAACGACGCAGAAUUGGCCAACCUGGUGUACUUCAAACUGUUAACAGUCCAUCAAGGACGACAUUUUAGAUUGUCACGCCUAAGACAAAGAAACGUGUGCUUUUAGUAGACUACAGACAAAGUGACUUGUAGUUGUACAUAUGUAAGACCAUUUGGAUCUUGGAUACCCGUUCGUUCUGAAUCCUGUACAAAGUGCAAUGGCCUAUCGUAGAAAAGCUCACUACCUUAGCUGAAUUAAAUACCUAUCUACUUGAUUUAGUUACUAGUGUCAACCAGCUCUGCUGAACAAAUUAAACGAACAGAUUAAAAAAUUAGUCACUUUUCAUACGUGAACACUUGCCGCUCACGGCUAUAUGGUUACCCGAUGUGCCCACGUGUAAAUUUAUGUAUUUUGGCCGAGCGUUGACUGUGUGAGUUUAUAUGUGCGUUCGCGUGUACGACCAACUUUGACCGCUAUUCUAACUGGAUACCGUCUGUAUUAAGCAUCAUCGAAUAGUGUGAUCCUACAAUAGUUCGCGCAGAUAUAGUUGGCUCAGAAAGCACGUCGCUUUUCCGGGAUUCGCACUGUAUUUGGAUACCAUACUCUCUGUUGUUUUGGAUACGACCAUAACUGGCGAAACACGUCACCCUCGCUGCCCGUCGAAAGCCACAUGCCGUUCUAAAGAGAAAAUAAAGUAUGAGGUCAUCACCUGCGACGAUGAUACAGCAUUUUGUCAGUAGACCCGGGGUGAGCUCCGGAGCGUCUCUCCAGCCUCCACCACGUGUCAUUUCCGUCGGGCCUGAUUCCCCUCAGCAGCAACUGCAGGGCACACUCACGUACAAGAGUCCAUACGAGGAGAGACACGCCGAUAUUCGGUUAAUCCGGGGCGCCGAUGGACAAACCUGUCCUCUCAUUUACAACAAUUUACAUCAAGCGGCUCCUGAUCAACGAAUGCUUCGCGGACCCUCUAAAAUCCCUUCCCGACAUGAAAUGCCCCCUCCUACUCCUGCUAGUGCUCGAGAGGGACUUGCUAAUCGCGAGGUUCCACGAAUUAUGCCCCUGCCCUCGCGAAGGCCGCCACCCCCCCAGCCUCAACCGUCACGGCCGCCCCCCCCUCCGGUCGUUCAAUCUCACGAACCUCAGCAACAACACCGCUUUAUUGUUGAGGCCCAGCGUCAGCAGCAGCAGCAGCAGCAGCAGCAUCAGCAGCAGCAGGAAAACAAAAACCUUCAUCUACUCGCGGCUGCUGAUGUCGAUCAAAUGGCGACGGUAUCAGCUGUACCAAUAAUGCCUCCUGCACCAACAGGCCGUACUAUCUUGGUGACGCGAAGUCCAAAAAUGCAACACGUGAUGUCCAGCAGUCCGCAAAUUUUACCCACGUGCCCACCUCGUGUGCAAGAAAAAUUUGUGAGCUUCGAUGACAGCGUUCGUAGCUACUCCCCCGAUAGCUGUGCGACGAGCAGUCCAUCAGAGACGCCGCGAUCGACGCCUGACUCGAACUCGCUAACUAGAAGCUUGUCGCAUGGCGCCCGGUCGUAUCCGGAUGACAGUUUUUCGUCGUUACAGUCAAGCGAUUCGGAUAAGGCGAAGGCAAGUAGGCGUCUUUGGUCAUUCAGUUUGCCACGCUUCAAGAAGAACAGUUCCAAAUCUCUGACGGACUCGCCGGCAGUACCGGGCGCGGAUCUAGAUGAUCGCGGCCAGACGCUGCCGCGGGUGCAAUCGACUGUUGAAGCCACCGAUGAGCGCACCUUGCCAGGUAUCCUCAAGAAGUCGGCUUCGUUAACGAGUAUAAAUGAACUUGACCAGGGCCGAGUGCCGAAACUAUCCAAGUCUAGUGCGAGUCAAAACGACCUUCAGCAUGCGAUGGUCACCUCUCCUCAAAACUAUCGCGACCCUCAGACUAACGAGGAGUAUCAGAGGCAAAUCGUAUUUCACACUGAGUUCGAGAAACAUUACGUGAUGCCACCUAGAGCGUUGCGCAAAUACAUCAAAACGAAUUUCCGCCGUUUAAAUCUGCACCCUGCCACGCCAAAGAACAGCGACGUUGUCGGCAAUUCGCAAACGGUUAUUGUUGAAACGGUUGUAACGGCAGCGUCGGAGACCGAUCCGAAACCCGAUAUGAAGACGCCGGUUGAACGCGACUAUGAGUCGGGCAUUUCCUCGGGAAGCUCUGCUACGGACAAUGAAUCUCAUUCGAGUUUCGGCAACUCGGAGAAUACCGCAAGCCCUAAAAGCGCUUCACCUGAGGUCGCCGAUCCGGCAGACGCGCCUCAGGUUGUCGCGAUCAAGUACAAACCACCUCAACCAGCUGGUCCGUCCGAACCGCCGACGGUACCAGCUGAGCCCUUACCGGCACCUCGCAAUCGGGAUCGCUACCCCGAGCCAGAAUACAUCAAUGGCAUCCAAUACAUUAAGGAGCCUCACCCCGUCGUACAAGAGUGCUGCGCAAGCGUCAGUGGCGGCAGCUGCUCUGGAGAAGCUGAAAAACGACGACAACGUAGAAGAAGCUGUGGUUCGGUUAGCAGCUCAAAGUCAGGACGAACAGGUCGGCGGAAGAUACCCGAUCCGCGCAUCGCUCGACGAACGGGUGUGAAGAAAUACUUGUCACAGACUAACCACUACAUUGUCCCUACCAAGGAGUCUAAAGGAAAAUAUCGCAAAGGAGUGCCUCAAGGAAUCGAUUUACGACGACAGUCUGCUGACAGAGGAACCAUCGAACCUAACGAUCAGCAAUCGCCGAUGAUCUUACCCUCCAAUCACGUGAUCACUGACGAAAAGAAGUCCGCGUCAUCCUGUCAACUCAAUACUUCAUCGAGUUCGUCUAAUUUUUCGAGUAACGGAUCAGGCUUCCUGCAUCAACAGCUUUUGCAACUUCUCGCUGAGAACAAUCACCUGAAGCAGAUCAAUGACAAGUUAGAAGACCAGCUGGACGAGUAUCGUCGUCGCGAUGAGAAACGCGACCAACAGCUACGUAAGAAUGCCAAGCUGCCUAUCGAAGACCAAUUGCAACAAAUCCGUAAUUUACUGGGAAAAUUGCGACGCUUAUUGCGCAGUGAAGAGUGUCACCUAAUGAUCGACACCGUUGAACACUAUGUGGUCAACAAUACGUGCAAGAAUUCUUGCGAGAGCAAUGGCGCGAUGCCGGCGGUGAAGCUUGACCCACUGAGGAUCCAGCCCGGACGGACAGCGACCACAGCCAGCCCAGCUCAUAUACACCGCGCAUCAGUUGUCAUUGAACAGAAGACAGUCCAGCAGAAGAUUCAUAUAGUUGAACAAAAAGGAAAUUGCCGAAUCUCUGGAGAACGAAGACAAAAAUGAGCAGUAAGAACCGUUUAUCGAGAAAGAGGCAUAAAUAAUCAUUUAUUCGAAAGUGAGGCUAAAACGGUUUUACAACUAGACAAAGCAGAAGCAAUGGGCUCGAGGGAGAAACACGCUAACACCUUAAUGAAGUUCACGCGAAAUCAGAUAUCUAUCUACCGAUAUCGUGCUCACCAAUAGUAUAAAAUUGUGUAAGGAUAGAGACGCGGGCAGCGCUAGCGAAGGAGACAAAGAAGCCGAAAGGACUGAAAAAAUAUAGAGAAAAGGACUGCAGCUGAACGAAUGUUGAAAGAGAAUCGCUGGCGUUUUAAACAGGUAUAACUCGAUUAGUCGGAUACCACGCUGUGGUAAAUCGUACAUCGGGCAUCUCCGCCAGCUGACCUUCCCUGACUCCGCGCAGGGACAUAGAAGAUUCAUGCUGGUUUAAUUAUAUAUUCUGUAAUAUAUAACUAAUAAUAUAAUCAUUACAGUGGCUAAUAUUAAUUACGACUAUAA